AUGGACAAGAUGAGAGGAGCCCAAGCCGCGUCUCCAUCAGCUCGCAACACCAGACCGAGAGCUUCACCUGCGCGGGAUUCCAUGUCUGAGGCUCCACAGGUCUCUGCCAUGCCACCUUCUGAGGGUGAAGUGCCACCUAGUCCUCCUCAGCACAGGUACGAGACAAGGAGACCACCCACUACACCUGGGGCAAGCAAUUCGCGCCCUAAGAAAUCAAUUCAUCGCCCUCCUGCAAAGGGAACCGGAGUUUCAGGCCCAGGAAAGUCAUCAACACGUCCACAGCCUCAACUGCCUACUACAGAGUCUCAGAUUCCUUCUAGGAUGACUCCGGAAGGGAUUAUUAGGCGACCUAUGGCUGAGAUACCUACGGAGAUCAUACCACCUGCCCCUACAGCACCUUCUACAGUGCCCACGCCUGAGGCUACAUCUUCUGCUCCUCCUACCACUUUUGGGAGUCCACCAGUUGUACCAGCUACAUCAGCACCUCCUCCAUCUGAGUCUACUAUCACCAUAUCCGCUUCAGAGUUCAGAGGCCUAUGUCAUACAUUACAGACAUUGACUACCACUCAGAGUGUUCUUGCCCGUCCAUCAGAGCCUACAGAUCCAUCUCAGGAGGCUCCUCCAGUAGCCCAGACUGUGCCCUAUGAGGAGACUACUAUAGUAGAGAUCGAGACUCUGAUCCAGAGCACUAAGACUACCACAGCCCAACCAUCAUCUCCAUAA